CCACUGUCCCCUUGGUACUACUGAGGCAGAAACCGAUCGUAAAUCACCUCCCCCACCCCGGCUUGACAUACCAUCUUCCUGAGACUAAGCCAUGAGGAUGCGGAGGCUUUGCCCAGGGAUGGGGAAGGAUCGCUGGCUUGAGGAAGGAGCUCUAGCGCCAUUCUGAAACAGAACGGCUCGCCAAGUUUGCUGGAACGAUGAAAGCCUCGGCAGAAGCGGAGGGAGCCUGGGGUCUCGCAGGUCCUGUCACAGAUCCUGGUGAAGAAGACAAUGAUGUGACACGGCCAUCUCAGUCCAUCACACUGCAAAACUGCCUUCCAGUGCCUGGCAUCUGUGUCCUUGAUAAACUCAUCAAAACGUGCCCAGUCUGGCUUCAGCUGAGCAUGAAUCGGGACAGGGCUGGAGAGAUACUCAGCAAAGAAACAGCAGGGAUAUUCCUAGUUAGGAGAGAUGGUAACAUGAACAACAUGGUACUCUUGGUCCACUCCCCAGCCCAGAAUGCAGCUUCUGAUGUGCAAGAGUACAACGUUAAAGAAGAAAAAUCACUACUGUACCUGGAAGGAUCUGUUCUAGUGUUUGAGGACAUCUUCAAACUGGUAGCGUUCUACUGUGUCAGUAGGGAUUUGCUGCCCUUCACACUCAGGCUGCCUCAAGCAAUACUGGAGGCCAAUAGCUUUGCAGACCUCGAAACCAUUGCGAGCCUGGGGAUAGGCUUCUGGGACUCCUCUUUAAACCACAGAAGAACAGGAGGGGGGAUUUCCCAGCCUGUGAAAGACUCUGCCCUCAGAACUGCCCAGACGAAUAAUCUAAGGUCUAGCCAGCAAUUUGCAAGUAGCACAAACCACUGUUCAUGUGAAAUUGAGCUGUCAAUAGGAAAUGACAAGCUGUGGUUUGUGAAUCCUAUUUUUAUAGAGGAGUGCAGCAAUCCUCUUCCUCCGGAUGUACCUCCUUACAAGAGCUCCAGUGCAAGCGCUGAUCACUGUAGUGCAUUCACACCAAAUCCUAAGAGGUCUCCUCACCGUCCCCCUCCACCUCCUCCUCUUCCUCACAGUCAAGUUCUGAAGCCACCUGCAAAGCUAUCUAAGGAUUCCAUGACUGCCUGUGAAGAGGACCAGCUGCUUCUUCAGCAACUGAGGAAGAGCACUAAGGAAAUGAAAAUUGAGGGCAGUAAAGGUAAGGAAGAAAAGGGAAAAGAACCCUACUCAUCCAGUGGCCCAUCAUCAGCCGCCCCACCGAAAUGUGCUCUUCCCUCCAUACCUCCGAGGAGGCGGCCAUCUGAAAGAGCUUCAGAAGCGAGCUGCGUUGGUAAGCCUGGAAAAUGUGAAAUGCUGAAAGGGGAACAGGCUCAAGAAGAACAGGAUGUUUGUACAGAGAGCAAUGAUUCUCAGUGCAGAAAGGCAGUAAAAAUGCUGGUUGCCAUUAGUGAGAGCGCUACAUCAGAGUGCCAGGAAGCAAAGGCCAAAGCUGCAGAAAAAGAGAACUUGACUGAGCUACAAAGGAAGCCGAUGGCAAACGUAAAGAUGCCCCCUGUCCCACCACCAAGAAAGAAGAGGCUUUCUCGGCUGCCGACUUCUUCCAGCUCCUGCAACUCAAAACAAAUAAACAUUGCAGAGCCAGCCACACACAAUGCACAGCCUUCUUCCAAGGAGAGCCCACAGCCAGAAGGUGAUGCCACCUGCCAACACACUCAGGAUGAAUCAGAUGCUAGCUGUAAAUCUGUUAGCUCAUCUGAACUUAAAGGUUCUCAUACCUCCCUGGACUGUCCAGGAAGCAAUGCAGUGGCUCAGACCUCUGCUUCGGAGCCUGAUUCUUACUCCACAAGCAGCACGGAGGAUGACCUAGAGCAACUGAGCAGCCCUGCCGUUAAAAAGACACGUUCUGUAAUCUUGGGCAAGGCCAAGCACAGGCUCUCCUUUGUCAGCCUAACCAAUGUCUUCACAGUCUUCUUAUCUGCUGACAGAAAGCUGCAGAAGAAGAUUGUAGAGCUGUCACAGGACAAGGAUUCUUACUUUGGCAAUUUGGUGCAGGACUAUAAAGUGUACAGUUUAGAGAUGAUGGCAAAACAGAGUUCCAGCACAGAGAUGCUACAAGAAAUUCGAAUGAUGAUGACUCAGCUGAAGAGUUAUUUAAUACAAAGUACAGAGCUGAAAUCUCUCAUAGAUCCAGCUGUUUAUAAAGAAGAAGAAUUAGAAGUGAUUGUCGAGUCAGCGUUGUACAAAUGUGUCCUGAAACCUUUAAAAAAUGCCAUUGAUUCCUACUUACGGGAAAUCCACAACAAAGAUGGAUCCUUACAGCUGCUGAAAGAGAACCAGUUGGUCAUACAGAACACAACCACCACUGACCUGGGUGUCACCACCAGCGUGCCUGAAACUGUUGUGCUGGAAAAAAUCCUUCACAAGUUUACAACCAUGCACAAGUUCUACUCCCCAGAGAAGAAGAUUGGCACACUGCUGAAAUCCUGCAAACUCAUCUAUGACUCCAUGGCUCAAGGAAACCCAGGGAAGCCUUAUGGUGCAGAUGAUUUCCUCCCGGUGCUCAUGUACGUCUUGGCCCGCAGCAACCUGACUGAGGUGCUUCUGAAUGUGGAGUAUAUGAUGGAGCUCAUGGACCCUGCUCUGCAGCUGGGCGAGGGUUCCUAUUACUUAACUACCACCUAUGGGGCCCUGGAGCACAUCAAGAACUACGAUAAGAUAACAGUAACUCGGCAGCUGAGCAUGGAAGUGCAGGAUUCCAUUCACCGCUGGGAGAGGCGGAGGACGCUCAACAAGGCCCGGGCGUCCCGCUCGUCUGUGCAGGAUUUCAUCUCCAUCUCCUUUUUGGAGACUAGUGCCCAGACACGGACGAUGGCCUCGCGGACAGACACGACAGCUCAGCAGCUAGGCCAGCAAUGUGCUGAGAAGUUUGAGGUGUCGGAUCCCCAGAACUAUGGGCUCUUUGUUCACGUUGAUGACAGGUGCCUGCAGCUUGCUGAUGAUGCCCAACCCCAUCAUAUAAAAUCCUACCUUCUGAAGAGCGAACCCAAAAAAGAUUUCCAUUUUAUUUAUAAACUGCUAUGCAAGGAAGAGACACAGAUUCCAGUCAUCAAAGAGCCAGACUUUUUAUAAUGGCAGAACUGCUCUUGUAUUGUGUAUGCUGCAGUCUUUGAAAAGACUGAGACACUUUAUCUUAUGAGAUCUUCUGACAUCAGGAGCAUGUUGGAACUCAGCCUUUUAGCAGUGGUGGACAGGGUAGUAGUUGUAGAUGCUGUCUCACUAUUGGGCAUUUCUCAGCAGAAUUCAUUUGCAGAAGCAAACAGACCAUUCAUAGGAAUGUUCCUACUUUGGAAAACUUGAAGUAUUAAACCUCAAAACCUCCCUAUGGCAACAAGCAAACUCAUAAUGGAUGUGGACAAUGGAGCUUAAUCAGUUGCUCCUGAGUUUUUACAGAAGAGUGAUUAUCUAUCCUAUUAUAAGUUAUAUAGGUGAGAGUCACCUAUGCAGAAGGCCUGUAAAGGGUCUAUGCACAACUUAAACCCUAUUUUUGAGGACUUAUGUGGUGUGAGUGCCUAGAGCUGGUUCCCUGCACAGGGUUGAAUUUCACCCUGCUUGAAUAAAUUAUGACUCAUGAUUGAUCUGUUCAGCAGCAUAGAAUCAUAUCAUGCAGCAGAACUCCAUCUGUACCCUGGGAUGUUAUGCUAUAUGUACUGACCUUUGAAAUACAUGUAAUAACAGAACAUGAAAUCCAAUACCGUAUGUGCGCGAAGAAGCCUUUCUGUGUGGCAUACAUUUUACUGAAUUACGUAAUUUAUGCACUUCCAUCAAUGUAUUUUUUCCUUUUAAAGACUGUGACUCCGUCACCAUCAUUUUAGAUGUACAACAGCCUUAAUCAAAUCUGUUGUACAGUAAUGUCUGGUUAAAUGUAUUUAUUUCCAUGUGUGAUCAUUCUAAAAUCACUUCCUAUUUGUGAAUAACUUGAUAGUGUAAAAACACUGAGGGAAAAGGCAACAUUCAUUAUAAAAAACUGAUUUCAAAUAGAUCAGUGAAAGGACUCAAGGUCAGAGACGUUUUUUAAAAAUACCACUUCCUUUUCAGCCAGUACUGGAUGCUUCUGUUAUUUUCACAGAUGUUUUUGUAUCUUCAGGUUGUUACAUGAGUAAAUACAUGCUGUUGCAUACUGAACUUGCUGAAGUUCCUUUUGAUUUCUCCGCUCCUGUUCUCCAGGACUCAGAACCUGCCAAUGAAAUCUCACUGCAGGCUUGAAUUUUCCAUAAAAUGGCCUGAUGCAAAAGCACACAAAACCUCAAGCCAGCUUUCUGCUUCUUGAGUGAAGAAUGGACAUGGGAAUCCUUGGCUUAAGCACAGACAUUAAUCCAUCAUGGGCCUGAUCCCACAGCCCUUACUCAGCCAAAGUUCCCACUCAUGUUAAUGUAGGCAGGAUAUGAGUAACUGUCGGUGCAGUGGGAGUAGCCAACCCAAGGAUUAUAGGAACAGGCCAACUUUGAUUGAUUUGUCUUUAGUAGGAAAAACACAUUGUUGUGAUUAGAAAAGGGGGUUGUGUAAGUGUGUUCAAACAGCACAACUUCUACAUCCAGCUAGCAUUAAGGAGGAAAUGGUCAGUGUUUUGCGGGGUGGGCUGGAGCCUACAAGUCCCACUACAUUUUUAUUACAUUACUUUUUAAAGGGUCCCAGCCUCAUUACUGAACAAUGACAGUCUACAGUCGUUCUCUCUGAGGUUUGAAAUCCAUGUCCCUAUAUUCACUAGUACUGUAGUUUGGCAUGUAUUUGUGUGUGUGAAAUAAAUAUAUAUGGAUCCUUUGUACUGGUCACCAACCAAA